UGCCAGUCAGUAAGGGCGAAAACCUUUCAUUUUACGAUCGUUCGUCAACAUAAAUUGUUGUACAAAAUUCAAAGAAGAAACGGAAUCAGCUUUUCAAGACGCGAUUACAGUGAUAACACACCACUCCCCCACAUUAGGCGAUUAAAUUAUUCGUGAGCCCCAGCGAUUCGACAAAAUCGAUACCAAAUGGAAGCCGCCGAGGGUCAGAGCUUGGUCAUCAAAAUGGCCCAGAAGAACAAGGAGACCCAAACUGUAAAGCUGGUGGCCGGUGGCGCUCUGGCCAACAACUGGUUUACCCCCGGGGCCUAUGCAGCAGGAGCGGUUUCAUUUGGCACCCAUCCGGCGGUCCAUCCGCCGGCCAUCCCGCAGCCAGCCAACUCGUGCCAGUUCUACAUGGACCGGGAGGAGCAGCUGUACCGCCGCGCCUGCCAGAUGAAGGGCAUCCGGGUGGAGCGGCUGCACGAGAUCCGCGAGGAGGAGGACGACUCGAACGGCUCCGAGGAGGAGCACUCGAAGGGCAUCCGCUACCGCUACACCCUGGACGAGAUGAAAAGCUAUAACCCGUACCGUUUUAUCAACUUUUAGGUGUCCCCAAAGCACCAUGUCCAUCUACAUCUUCAUCGCCGCCACAUACCCAUCUGUAUCUGUAUUGCAGCAUCAGUAUUCGGAUUUUCAGGUAGAAUCACCCAGAUCCAGCAUUAGGAUUAGCAUCAGUAUCAGUACUAGCAUCAGCACCAGCACCAGCACCAGCCCCACAUUCCACACAAGAUGCGAGCUUGUGGCCACACCAUGCAUGCCUCCAAACCGAAGUGGGAACCCCGACAGGAACAGAGACAGCUCCAUGAACACCCCACGCCAUCCACUUGCUUGUUGCCAGCGUUUCGCCAAGACCCCGAAAACAAUAAAAAAUUGUUUAUAAAUGACAUCCUGGGAUGUCAACCAAA